CAUGGUUUGGAAAACUCGCCCAUUAAAUAAACCCGCCAUGGUUUUGCGGCAGCUUCAGACGCCACAAAAUACGCAAAACUGCACUCGGCGAAUUGGCUGUUAACUUGUCUGCUUGUAAACUGGUCGUAAGUUGGGUUGUUGUGUUGAUAUUAUCUUACUGCUGUACUGUAUUAGUUAACUGCUGAACGAAAUAGAGGCCAGGAGCUCUGUCUGCGUAAAUUGUCCUCAUCACUCGAUGUCACUGAACUUCUUAAUUAAAUUUGUAUUUAUGGUGUUGAUGGGAUUUUAUAAUUUUUCAUGGAUCAGAAAUAUCGGCUGAUGUGUGAGAGUUGGGUUGAAAAGCGACCAGAAGUAAGCCAAGUCACCGUGUAUGGGACAGCGUCCAGAAAACAAAGCAUUAAAUGGAAAACCAGAUAUGCAAUGCUUGUUGUCUCUUGUGAAACUCGAUCAAGUGAAUUAAAGUUUUAUCAGAAGAAACCAAGGUCAUGCACUGAAAUCACAGAUGAUGUUAUAAGACUCAAACCAUGGCAGUAUAUUGUUGAUAUACCUAGCUGGAUUGUUGAUAAAGGUAGAUCCCAUGUAUUGAGGUUGAGAUUAUUACCAGAAAGCAUUGUCCCGGGCCAACAUUUCCGCUUACAAAUCGCUUAUCAAUCUGCAGAAGAAGCAACAGCAUGGAUGAGAUGUAUACAGAACCAGACAAAGUUAACUUCAGGCAUACAAGGCCAUAGUUUUGGAUUAGUGGCAGAAGAAUGUUCUGCUACUGCUAGGAUUGGUGUGGCUGGAAAACAUUGUUUGUUAUUUGUCAGUCCUGAGAAAGUUAUACUAGCUCACAAGACUGACAGAUCUGUGGUUUGUGUUUGGCCUUUUGAAACAAUAAGAAGUUAUGCAUCUGAUGACGAUAGGAGGCUAGUGAUAGAAGCUGGCAGAUGCGCUCCACUUGGUGAUGGUGUGUAUUCAUUUCGUACAAGAGAAAAUGAUGAUAAUGUGAUUUUUGAUCUAUUCGAUCAUUACACAAGCCAGCCUAUGGACGAGGUGAAAACACUAAAGAACAAAGUGAAAAGAAACAAAUCAAAUGCAACAUUAUCAGAUCAAACUAUAUCAUCUCCAGUAACAGUUCAUCCAUCUGCCAGUUCUUCUGGAAAAAGCAGUAAAGUGAAACAAACACCAUCACCGAGGUCUGAGCCAGAAGUGAUUCCAUUACUAACAACAUGGUCAGAUAACAGCACACCUGAGUACGGUGCUGUCCCUCCAGAAAAACCAUUUCUCCCAGAAAACCGCAAAAUUCUUCCUUUUGCACUCACAAAAUCUACAUCUGAGUUACGAGAUAAACACUCAAUCGCUCAUCCACAAUCAGGACGCCCUGUUAGCUACGCUGAAAUAGUUGAAACUGCCAUAAGUCGCAGAAAAGUGGAAAAUGGUGAAAACAACAGAAGUAGUGUAUCACAAGGAUGUGACGAUCUUGAUUUGAUCCUCCAGAGCUUAGAAGGCCCAAAUAGUUCGAAAAUGGAUAAGUCAGUUUCUGAAGCUUGCUAUGAUCAACCAGCAACAAGUGAGGUUUUGGAAAAAAGAAUGUCUGAAAUUGUGGACAUUCCAAACACAAACUUGACAGCAAAACUUGAACUGGCAUAUGAAGUAAAUACUUUAAAAUCUGAUAUUUUACUUGACGAUUUGGAGCAGUAUCACAUGUCAGAGGAAAACACUACAAUCGAUCGACAAGAUCUGAUUCCUGAAAAGACAAAGUCUUCACUAAGCGAACAGAAAAUGCAGAAACCAAAAGUUGCCCCAAAACCACCGUCUGUGAAAAUACCAAAAUCUGUUAUCCAUAGCUUUUCUACAAAGAGCUCGGAACCGUUGCCUGAUAAACCAUUCCCUCCAUAUGCUAAAAUAGACCAAGACAAAAAACGAAAAAGUGGGAUAGCUUAACUUGUACAUGCUGCAUCAUUUUCAAAGGGGAAUAGUUAUUCUUUUUAUAUAGAUUUUGUCAAACAAAAUUCCACAUUCACACAACUGAAAUUGCAUUCCAUAAAAUAACAAUUACGGUACUAUUUAUUACCUUCACUGUUAGCUGAUGAAAAUUCAUAUUUAUUUGGCUAAAAAAUAACUGAAAACACCGCUUUAGAGCCACUGUGUAUGUGUACAAAGGAUUGCCUGAUGAUCAUUAAUUCACUACAUUAUUGACGAAUAAUAUGAUGUGCCUUUAGGUAUGAUAGUAUAAAUAAGUUGUGUGCUAUUUAGCAGUGUUCUUCAGCCUCUUUCUCAUCAUAACCCACUUGGCAUGGCCAAAUUUUUGGCGACCUUUUGGAACUAAAAUUUAAUAAUACAGAGAAUAGAAAAAAAAGAAAAAUUGACACUAUUUUUAAUAAGACUGAUGUGUUACAUAUUCUCGCACAAAAGAUCGAAUCUCGGCUCUAUUUUGGUGUUGGUAGGUCUCGGUACUGGUCCCUAACCAUUCAAAAUUGAUCGAUAUUUUGUUUUAAAAUAAGUUAGUGUCGAAAAAGGUUUUAACGCGACUUCCAGUUUGAAGAGCCCUGUUCUGUUCUAUAAUAUGCUUUUGCAGCAAAUCAUUCGACCAGUAUUAAGUGAACAUUAAUUUUAUUUAUAUUGAAUCCCCUGUUGUGUGGGUUUGGUUGCUGUAUUUAUGGACAGACAAUUGGACCAAAAUUUUUUAUCAGCCUUGCUUUAUUUGACCAAAUGAUUUUUGUGUAUAUUAUCUAUAUUACAAAUACAAUGCAGUAUACUGUAAUUAUUAUUCAUAUUUUUAUCUUUUGAUCCGAAUAUUGCUAUUUUUAUAACAAUCAUUCCAAUAUUUUCUAUAAAGUAUUUUACACAAAUCAUUCAUUCAAUAUGGUGCUUCAUUUAAAUAUUCAUUGAUCGAAAUCAUUCUUUAAGUGCUUUAAAGUUUCUAGCCUUAGGCUUUUUUGGCGCAUGAUUUAUCAGCUUGAAAUUUAAUUAUACAUUUGUAAUUUGAUGAUUGUUUACCUCUUGUGUUUCUGUAUCACAGCAAUGCCACAGUAUUAUUGCCUUAAGAAUAUUGAUUCGUUUUUUCCAUGUUUUGUUGUAUAUGACUAUACUUAUAUCCUAAAAAUGCAUCUUGAUCAGCCAUAUUUGAAAUAUAAAAUUACAUUUGUAUUGUG